CCUCUCCUCCCUCCCCGGACUGCACCGUUCAUGCCUUCCUGUUAGUCUGAGCUGGAUGAAGUUCACUCUGAUCAGCUGAUCCCAACUGACAACAGGAGAGGAGGAAGCCCGAGAGGCAGCGAAGGAGGAGGGGGGCGGAGAUGGAGAUGAGGAUGGAUCCACCGGUGCCCUGAGGAACAGCCCCCGCCCCCACCGGUGCCCGGCGGUCCCCAGACACCGCCUGGCCGCGGCCGAUCUGCUCCGUGGUAUCCCCUGAAUAUUGACUUGAGGUUGGAUUGUAUUGAAAAGUUCCUGACCACUCUCUUUCACUACCAGAACCUCGUGCUUGAGGCCCAACGCAUGAGUCCAUCUCAGUGAACUCAUCCGAUCUCUCUCAGAUAGCCAUAAAAGACCCUUCCAAGUUAAUUUCGACCACAUAUAUGUCUGCACUUUAUGGAGGAUGAAACCAUCAAACCAAAUCAACAUUGCUGCUGAUACAGGCGUUUUGGAAACAGAAAAUAAAAAAUUCAAACAUUUGUGAUUGUGUGCAGAAUUCUAAUGGGACACUGAGUUGUGUGUUUGUGUGUGUGUGUUCAAGGUGUUCAGAAAGAACCCUGUGGUAUUCUCUGUGCAGUCUUCAGACUCAAAGCCUUUGUAUUCACUCCUGGGGAAAGCCCAGUGACUGUUUUAUGGUGGGUGAUUUCCUUACCAAUCUGAGUAUGAGCGCUCAGACUUCCCCAGCACAGAAGGGCCUGAAUCCAGGGCUAAUGUGCCAGGAAAGUUACGCCUGCAGUGGGACCGAUGAAGCUGUCUUCGAGUGCGACGAGUGCUGCAGUCUGCAGUGUCUCCGCUGCGAGGAGGAGCUCCAUCGGCAGGAGCGCCUGAGGAACCAUGAGCGGAUAAGACUCAAACCUGGCCACAUCCCUUACUGUGACCCCUGCAAGGGCCCCAAUGGGCAUUCGCCAGGUGUUAGGCAGAGGGCAGCCGUGAGGUGCCAGACCUGUAAGAUCAACUUGUGCCUGGACUGCCAGAAGAGGACCCAUUCUGGUGGCAACAAAAGGAAACACCCCCUUACUGUGUACAAUGUCACUAAGGUCCAGGAGUUACUGGAAGAAGAAAAGAUGGAUGAGGAGACCAAAAGGAAGAAGAUGACCGAAAAGGUUGUGAGUUUCCUCCUAGUAGAUGAAAAUGAAGAAAUUCAGGUAACAAAUGAAGAGGACUUCAUUAGGAAAUUGGACUGCAAACCUGAUCAGCAUCUGAAGGUGGUUUCCAUUUUUGGAAAUACUGGUGAUGGAAAGUCUCAUACUCUCAACCAUACUUUCUUUUAUGGCCGUGAAGUCUUCAAAACCUCCCCUGCCCAGGAAUCCUGCACUGUGGGAGUGUGGGCGGCGUAUGACCCAGUCCACAAAGUAGCGGUGAUAGACACGGAAGGGCUCUUGGGGGCUACGGUGAAUCUAAGCCAGAGAACGAGGCUGCUUCUUAAGGUCUUGGCCAUCUCCGACCUUGUCAUCUAUCGAACUCAUGCAGACCGGCUGCAUAAUGACCUCUUCAAGUUCCUUGGGGAUGCCUCAGAAGCUUAUCUGAAGCAUUUCACCAAGGAGCUCAAGGCUACCACUGCUCGCUGUGGCCUGGAUGUCCCCUUGUCCACCCUGGGCCCUGCUGUUAUUAUUUUCCAUGAGACUGUGCAUACUCAACUACUGGGCUCUGAUCACCCCUCGGAGGUGCCGGAGAAGCUCAUCCAGGACCGGUUCCGGAAGCUGGGCCGCUUCCCCGAGGCCUUCAGUUCCAUCCACUACAAGGGAACCAGGACGUACAACCCGCCCACAGACUUCUCCGGGCUUCGGCGAGCUUUGGAGCAGCAACUGGAGAACAACACCACCCGCUCUCCCCGGCACCCAGGGGUCAUCUUCAAAGCCCUGAAGGCAUUGAGUGACCGCUUCAGCGGCGAGAUCCCCGAUGACCAGAUGGCACACAGCUCCUUUUUUCCAGAUGAGUACUUCACCUGCUCCUCCUUGUGCCUCAGCUGUGGGGCUGGAUGUAAGAACAGCAUGAAUCAUGGGAAAGAAGGAGUACCUCACGAAGCCAAGAGCCGCUGCAGUUACUCCCACCAGUAUGACAACCGAGUUUACACCUGCAAGGCCUGCUAUGAGAGAGGCAAGGAAGUCAGCGUAGUACCCAAGACAUCUGCUUCCACCGACUCCCCCUGGAUGGGUCUUGCAAAAUAUGCCUGGUCUGGGUAUGUGAUCGAAUGUCCUAACUGCGGCGUGGUCUAUCGUAGCCGGCAAUACUGGUUUGGGAACCAAGAUCCUGUGGAUACGGUGGUGCGGACAGAGAUUGUGCAUGUGUGGCCUGGAACCGAUGGAUUUCUGAAGGACAACAACAAUGCUGCCCAGCGCCUUUUGGACGGGGUGAACUUCAUGGCCCAGUCGGUGUCGGAGCUCAGCCUGGGGCCCACCAAGGCUGUGACCUCCUGGCUGACAGACCAGAUAGCCCCGGCCUACUGGAGGCCCAACUCCCAGAUCCUGAGCUGCAGCAAGUGUGCUGCGUCCUUUAAAGAUAACGACACCAAGCACCACUGCCGGGCCUGCGGGGAGGGCUUCUGUGACGGCUGCUCAUCCAAGACCCGGCCCGUGCCCGAGCGGGGCUGGGGCCCCGUGCCCGUGCGGGUGUGCGACAACUGCUACGAAGCCAGGAAUGUCCAGUUAGAUGUUACUGAGGUACAGGCGGAUGAGGAAGGCGGGACGCUGAUUGCUCGGAAGGUGGGCGAGGCUGUGCAGAACACUCUGGGAGCCGUGGUGACAGCCAUUGACAUACCGCUAGGUCUGGUCAAGGAUGCGGCCAGGCCGGCGUACUGGGUGCCCGACCAUGAGAUCCUGCACUGCCACAACUGCCGGAAGGAGUUCAGCAUCAAGCUGUCCAAGCACCACUGCCGGGCCUGCGGACAGGGCUUCUGCGACGAGUGCUCCCAUGACCGCCGGGCCGUCCCUUCCCGAGGCUGGGACCAUCCUGUCCGAGUCUGCUUCAACUGCAAUAAAAAGCCGGGUGACCUUUAACCCUAGCUCCCUCUCCAAGUCCUUCACAACUCCUUAGGUUCUCAGGGUUAGAAACAGAAGUCUCGCUGAGGUAGGCCCUCCUCCCGGUCACCUGUUGUGGUGUGUAGGCCCUCUGCUCAUCCUGGCGCCUUUCCCGCAGCGUGGGGCAGGGCAGACGGCAGGCUGGGGUGCGCCUGGCGGCAGGCCCGGAGGCAUCAACCCUUCAGGGCUGGGGCCUGAGCAGCUUAUAAAAUCUGUUGCAUUUAUUUCAGUUAAAAAUAAUAAAAAUAUAUAUACCCACAUAGACAGAUGAAAAGACAUGGAGUAUGUUCAGGCUGUUGCUGGCUGCAGAGACUCACUGCAGUCUGUCCCCAGCACAGGGGUCAGGCGACAGUGGCAGCAGGUCUUCCCCGUAAAACCGAGCCAGGUACAAAGCCGCUGUGUUGCUGGUCCCCUUCUCUUCUCUCCCAAGCCUUUGAGGCCUCUCCUUUCCUUGCCUUUUCCCUUCACGCCUCCUGGUUGCCUGAGCAAGUGAGUUUCCCAGGUGCUUGCUUGGAAUCGCCUGAAAGGGGUCUGCCCUGGCCCUCCAGGGUGGGCCCCAGCCCUUGGCCUCAGCCUGUCUCAGAGACGACUCAACUUAGCGUGCAGGUCACCGGAGUGGGUGGAGGGCGAGGGAUAGGGUCCUCAGCCCCGAGGAGUCCCAGUGCGGGCGGUGUAACACGCUCGUACCUGGGGAGAGCCUGGGAGGAAGCGGGCCUCCCCCUGCUUGCUGCUGCUUCUGUCCGCUCCCACCCGGCUUUCCCGAAGGUCCACCCUGCUCCUGAACAGAGCACCUGCUUCCCUCCCCUCCGACCCGACCCGCUCAGGCCCAUCAUCUGCUUCUGAGUGUUGCACUAGGAUUUUUAUUGCUCAUUUUGAAGUGUCUUAAUUCUUUGUUCCCAGACACGUGACCCCUCUAGCUUAUUGGAGGGGCGAUCAUGAGAAAUCUUCCAGGGAAACAGAGCACAGAAUGGACUGUUAGUUGUUUUUUGUUUUGGGUUUUUUUUUUUUUUAGUAUAUAUAAAUAUUACAACAGAUCACUAAGAAAAAAAUUCUCUCUGGUCCUUGCAAGAGGAAGUCAAAUGGACUUUUGUUUCUCAUUAAGAGCUGGGACAUCCACAUCUAUCGUGACUGGAAAGAGACUCUUCUGCUGAAAUCCUGUCGUCAUGGUGGAUUUUAUCUUCAGUGGCCAAAAACGAAGAAUCAAAUGGCGACAUAGUUCUUGACGGAACUGGUGGUGGGUGGGUGGGUGAGCUUCAGGGAGGUCCUUGGCCGUCACACCCUGCGCGGGUGUCCAUGUGACGUGGGCCUGGGACGCGUGGGUCCUCAGACCUGCCCCUUCCCCCACGGCCCAACCCCGACCGAGGCCCUCCUCCAGUACUGUGUGUCAUCAAAUCCGCCGUUAUAAAGGAACCC